AUGGGUGGAAUUAAUAGUUGUUUGCCAUCAUCAAAAGGUACAUCAGAUCGUCCUCGUCGUCGUUAUGUCUUAUCAAAAAAACGACAUGAUCAACCAAGUUCCAAUAUUCCAAUAAAUACAAAUAAUAAUAUUAAUAAUAAUAAUAAUAAUAAUAAUACAAUAAAUUUAAAUCAAGUAUCUGAAGAUGAACUAUUACUAUUACCUGGUAUUAAUCGUCAAUUAGCUCAAAAUAUUGUUCAAUAUCGUCAAUUAAAUGAUGGUUUUAAAAGAGUCAAUGAACUUUUAUAUGUAAAUGGAAUAAAUCAUGAUUUAUUUGAACGUAUUCGAUAUGAUUUAUCGAUUGAAUCAUUAUCACCACAAAUUAAACAAGAACUUAUUAAUAUUAAUUCAGCAUCACAUAAUGAAUUAUAUUCAAUACCUGAUUUAACACCAAUACUUAUACAACGAAUAAUACAACGACGUGAACGAAAAGGACCAUUUCGUUUUAUUGAAGAUUUACUUAAAGUUAAAGGAAUUGAUUAUGUGAUUCUAGCUAGUAUACGUCCAUAUAUUACUGUUGAUUAUCGACAAAUGCCAUCAUCAGUUAGUCAAUCAUCUAUUCUUGAUCCAUCAAAUAAUAAUCUUUAUCCAACAUUAAAUAAACCGAAUCUUAAUACAACAUCUGAUUCACUUUCUCUUGCAUCAUUAUUAUUAGAAACUUUACCACCUGAAUUACAAACAAUACUUUUAUCAAUGACACCUCAACGUCCAUUAUCGAUUUGUAAAGAUAACCAGACAUAUUUUCGUUUUGCUUCAUGGAAUUUACAACAACUAACAAAUGAAAAAGUACAAAAUCCAGGUGUAAGAGAAGUUGUUUGUCGAAUUAUUCUUGAAAAUAAUUUUUCAUUGAUCGGUAUUCAAGAAAUAGGAAAUAAAGAAGCAAUUGGAUAUAUUGUUGAAGAAUUAAAUAAUCCAACAAUACCUCUAAUUAAAGAUUGGCCUAAUCGUCAAAAUGGAAAAUGGAACUAUACAGUUAGUGAUGCUGCUGGUCGAAUGUUUCAGGGAAAUGAAUAUUUUGGUUUUAUAUAUGAUGAAUCAAUUGGUAUUGAAUUAAAACGAGCUUCAUUAUUACCAUUUAAAAAUUAUUUUACACGUUCACCAUAUAUUGUCAUAUUUCGUAUAUAUAAUAAAUAUGAAUUUGUUUUUGUUAAUAUACAUUUAAAAGCACGAAGAUUAGAUGAAAAUGAAAAUGAAAGAACAAAAGAUGAAGCUUUAUCAUUAUCAAUAUUAGCUGAAGCUAUGAAUGAUACUGUUGAACAACAACAUAUUGUUAUUUUUGGUGAUUUUAAUAUGAUUCCAUCAGCAUCAGAAUUUGAUGCAUUAAUUCAACGAAAUUAUUCUUAUAUUAUUCAACAAAAUACAAAUAUUAGUAUGAAAACACCACAAGGAUCAACAUGUGUGGAUAAUAUUUGGCUUUCUCCUGAAGCUAAAGCUUUGAGUACUGAUAAAUCAGGCGUUAUUCGAGAUAAUCUUACGAGUAUGUGGAUACCUGCUGGUUGGACAUGGGGUGGUUUAGUGAGUGAUCAUUGUCCGAUUUGGAUUGAAUUUGAUUUAUCAUAA